AUGAGGGUCGAGGACCCCUUUGCGAGCCCAGAUGCCGACUACAGUCGCUUCGGAAGUGCAACAAGCAAUCCACCUCGUUUUAACCAUCACACAAACUACGGCCGCUCUGUACCGCAGGCAACACCGCAGCCUCCACGCUAUUCGGAGAUUUUUGGCGCAAGAACGGUGAUGGAUAGAUCACGGUAUGAUCCACGAGGAUGGUCUGGUAGAAAGAAAUUAAUCAUUGGAGUAUGUGUGGUGGUGGUGGUUGUGGCAGUCAUUGUUGGUGCAGUCGAAGGAGUCAAAGCGAAUGCGUACCCUAAUUACUCUCAAUUGAAUUAUAUGCUGGUCGACACAUUUUCGGGGUCAUCAUUCUUCGAGAACUUCGAGUAUUACACAUCCACAGAUCCAACGAAUGGCUUUGUGCAAUAUGUCGACUCGCAGACAGCCUCAAUGAUGAAUCUGACGUAUGCGUCCGAUUCAACUGCUGUGAUUAAAGUCGAUACCGAUACCCAAAACCAAACAAGUGGUCGAAAAUCUGUUCGCAUUACUUCGACAAACACCUACGACAACGGGCUUUUCAUCUUCGAUGUCGUUCAUACGCCAUAUGGGUGCGCAACGUGGCCGGCACUCUGGCUUACCGACCCCUCUAAUUGGCCUGAACAUGGCGAGAUCGAUGUCAUGGAGUCUAACAAUAAUGGAACGCUUGGAAAUGAUAUGACCCUUCACACUACCAGCGGGUGCAAGAUGAAUGCGAAGCGCAAAGAGACUGGCACAGCCCUAUAUUCAAAUUGCCUGAACACAGCAAAUGAUAACGCUGGAUGUAGCGUGAAGGGCAAGUCUGCAACAUAUGGCGAGGCAUUCAAUGAUAAUGGCGGUGGUGUGUACGCCAUGGAGCUCCGUGAUGCAGGAAUUCGAGUUUGGAUGUUUUCAAGAGAUGAAAUUCCCUCAGACAUCUCGAACUCAAGCAGCAGCCCCGAUCCAUCGACGUGGGGAGAAGCUUUGGCAGAUUUUCCCAGCACACACUGCGACAUCAGCUCGCAUUUCAAGAAUCAAAGUAUCAUCGCAAAUAUUGACAUUUGCGGCGACCUCGCUGGUGCCACUUCAUACUACACGGACCUCAACAACUGUCCAAACACUUGCACCCAAUUUGCGGCAGAGAACGGAGCGAACUUCACAAACGCUUACUGGGAGUUCAAUAGCUUCAAGAUAUACCAAACGUCCUAG